ACCACACCGACUGUAUGCAGCUGCUCCGCGAGACGGCAGACGCCCGAGAGCAGGAGAGGCUGGAGCGGCACGCGGCGCUGCGCGAGGCCUGCUCGGCAGGGGACGUGGCCCGCCUGCGGCAGCUCCUCCGACAGCUGGGCCGCGAUGCCGCCGCCGUGGUCAACAUGACACCAGACGGCUGCAGCACGCUGCUCUACAAGGCGUCCAGCGAGGGUCUCCGUCCGGUGGUCAAGCUGCUGGUGGAGCACGGCGCGGAGGGCCGGAUACACCCGGUCACGCGCUACUCGCCGCUCUACAUCGCCGCCUAUAACGGAAAGAAGGAUGUGGUCGAGCUACUGCUCAAGACGUACCCGUCGCUGGUGCAGGUCCUCACAGUGGAGCGGUGGUCGCCGGUACACGCCUGCUGUAUCACCGGCCGGGUGGCCGUGCUCGAGCUGCUGUUCCGGUACCCGUACCCGCCCGAGGUACUGCAGCGGUACCGGGACCACACCGGACAGUACGAGUACUACAUGCCGUUCGACGUCAACGCCAGUGACAUGGAGGGCCAGACGGCGCUCUACCAGGCCUGCUGUGUGGGCAGCGUGCGACUGGUGGAGGCGCUCAUCAAGUUCAGGGUCAAGGCGUACAAAAUCAAGGACGGCAGUCCGGCCGGGGCGGCCGCCGAGGACGCUGCCGACCAGCCAGCCUCACCGGCCGCCGACUCGCAGGUCAAGAGACGCAUCUCGGACGGAAUCCAGGCGCUCAUGUCACGUCUGAACCUGGGCAGAGACGCGCCCGGCGCCGCCAAAACGGACGACACCAUCGCGCCGCUGCACCUGGACAUGUACUGUAACAAUAACGCAGAGACGGCUCUUCACGUGGCGGUCCGGUCCCGUCAGCACACCAUCGUGGGCUUGCUGCUGGCCGCCGGCGCCAACCCCAACCUCAACAUGUACCUGAGCACGGAGCUGAGCGGUGACCAGGAGAGCAUGGACCAGUCCAUGGUGUUCACUGGCUCCACGGCGCUGGUGGAGGCGUGCCGUAACCGCGACCUGCAGAUGAUUGACCUGCUGCUGCGGCACAACGCGCGCGACGACCAAUGCAAGGCGCUGUACGUGGCCUGCCGCUCGGGGGACGAGGCGGUCGUGUCGCGCCUUCUGGCGCUGCGGGCGCACGCCGACCCCGACCACAAGGUGCACCCGCGUCCGGGCGGCGCCGGUCCCACCUGCUACGUCCCGGUCAUGGUCAACUGGCACGGCCAGCGCUGUCUGAAGAACCUGCGCGCCUCCUGGCUAACGGACGCCGCCCAGCGCGUCAACCCCAAGCUGAAGCUGGUCCGACAGCCGGCCGUGGCGCUCUCGUGCAUCACACGGCUCGACGUCAGUAACAACGCUCUCUCGGAGCUGCCGGAGGCGGUGUUCAAGCUGUGGUCUCUGCGCACACUGUCUGCCGCUCAGAACAAGAUCGAACACCUGCGACUGCCGGGGGAGGCCGACCCGCGGCAGACGCUGCCCGUGCUGGAGGAGCUCUACCUGCAGGAGAACCGUCUGGAGAAGGUCCCCGAGUUUCUGUUCCGUCUGCCGCGCCUCUCGCACCUAGACCUGAGCAACAACAAACUGCAGUCGCUGCCGUUCGCCAUGUGGAGCGCACCCGGUCUGAAGGAGCUGAACGUGUCGCUCAACCUGCUGUCGGACCUGCCGCUCUCCGGCGGGCCGGAGGUGGCAGCGGCGGCGGGCCGCGCGUCCGCCCGGCUGCCCGGCCAGGGCGCCAGGAACCCGCAAGUGGUGUCUCUCAGAUCUGCCCGAAAGCCGCGCUCCGCCAGUGAGGACCGCACCCGACUCCGGCACUCGGUGCCGGUGGCGGGCCGCGGCCAGCGCCACCGCUCCCAGUCCCGCCGCCGUGGCGACCCAGUCGGUCUGUCAGUACUCAGCCAGGGCCGAGCGGCCGCCGCGCCCCUGGUCGACCCGGCCGCCGCCGCUGGGGCCCUUCACCGCAGUCAGAUCACGCUCACAGCUACACUGAAACAGCGGCAGGUACACCACCACACGCUGUGGCACGGCCGGCUGGAGAUCACCGACACCGGACCGGACGACCAGCUGACCGCUCAGGACCAGGUCACCUCGCAGCUGCACUCGCUCAUCCUGGCGCACAACCGGUUCAGUCGACUGCCCACCGGCCUGGCCUGCCUGGCCGUCAGCCUGUCACGGCUCAACCUGGCCUACAACUGUCUAACUGAUCUCGGCUCGGUGAGCGACUUUCCGGCGAGUCUGAAGCAGCUGGACGCCUCCCACAACCAGAUCAGCCAGUGGCCCGAGCCUGCCACCUAUUGGCUGAGUGACGCACUAGUGUCUGACGGACUGGCCGAGGAGCGGCGCUGCUACGCCGCCGGCGACACCAACAAAUACAUCGUCAGCAUACCAGGUGGUGACGCGGCCAGUCCUGCCGCCCACACCUGCGUGCACCGCCGACACCGUCGGUUUGACGCGCUGCGGACGCUGGUGUUGACGGACAACCAGCUGCGGGAGGUGCAGCUGAACGAGCCGCUGCCCACGCUGGACGAGUCGCCGCAGACGACGCCGGUGCGGCGGCCGCGGGAGCGUCCGCGGCUCAUGUUCCCCAACCUCUCCAUGCUGGAUCUGAGCGACAAUCAGCUGAGCGGCGUGCCUGCCGCCAUCCACGAGCUGAGCAACCUGUCGGUGCUCAACAUCAGCGGAAACCCCGACAUUUGCGAGUUGCCACCCCAGAUGGGUCUGCUCAGUCGCCUAUGGAAUCUCAACACGCGAGGCUGCUCCCUACAGGAGCCCCUGAAAACCAUGAUCGACUCGAACAAGUACAAAACGAUGGAUGUCAUCGGCUACCUCAAGUCGGUUCUGGAGGACGCCAAGCCGUACGCCCGGAUGAAGCUGAUGAUUGUCGGAGUGCAGGGAAUCGGUAAAACGUCCCUGCUAGAGCAGCUGCGCGCAGAAGGAACUGGCUCCUACAAGAAACGACCACCAGAGCACUGGGCGAAGCGGAUGGGUAACAAGAACUUUAACCUGAAGACGGACACGGGUACCACUCUGAGCACAGUGGGCGUCGACAUCGGGGAUUGGGUGUACGAGAAGCGUGUCAGGGGACACAGCUCGCACGGACCGGUCACAUUCAGGACGUGGGACUUUGGUGGCCAGCGCGAGUACUACGCCACGCACCAGUACUUUCUGUCCCGGCGCAGUCUGUACCUGGUGGUGUGGAGGAUACCCGACGGGCAGAAGGGCGUCAACAACAUACAGCAGUGGCUUGUCAACAUUCAGGCCCGGGCGCCCAACUCUCCCGUCAUCAUCGUCGGUACUCACUACGACGUGAUCCGAGACCGAUACCCGGCCAACUACUGCGAGGACCUGCAGCAGCUCAUCAGGGACAGGUUCAUUAACCUGGUGGACGCAGACAAGUGCGGCCUGCCGCGCGUCCUGGACACCAUUGAGGUCAGCUGUAAGACCAGGCACAACAUCCGCCUUCUGUGUAACCUCAUCUACGACACCGUCUACAGCCUCAAGUCGCCAGGAAGCAAGGAGCGCCUGCUGGAACAGCGGAUCCCUGCCACGUACCUGGCUCUGGAGGAUGUCAUCACCUACCUGGCUACCGAGAGACACUUCCAGGGUCGUGAUCCGGUGCUGACCGGCGAGCAGUACCGCACUCUGGUCAGCCGCGAGAUGGCCGCCCGGUUCGACCUGAGGUUCCGGGACGCCGCCGAGCUCAACCAGGCCACCGCCUUCCUUCACGAGAACGGCGUGGUGCUUCACUAUGACGACGCCACGCUGAAGGAUCUCUACUUCCUGGACCCGCAGUGGCUGUGCGACAUGCUGGCCCACGUGGUCACCGUGCGGGAGAUCAACCCGUUCGCCCGAAACGGCGUCAUGCGUCUGGAGGACCUUUCUCUGGUGUUCAAAUCGUCUACAUGCGCGCCGGCCGACGCCAAGUCGUACAUCAUCUCGCUGCUGGACAAGUUCGAGGUGGCGGUGACCUGGGACAGUCGCACGCUGCUCAUCCCCAGUCUGCUGCCCUCUGAGGAGAUGCUGCGCGGCGGAGUGCCGGGCAUGGACGUGCGGAUUCCCGUCAGGUCACGCGGCUGGGCGCUCAGGAAGAAAUCCCAGUCUGUGACUGCCUUCCCUUCUGAUACCGGGGCGGGCAGCGCUGGUUCGGCGGCUUCCGCCUCUCAGGACUGUGCUGGAGCCGGCCCGUCGGACGGCCACUGCAGUGUGACCCGCCGCGCGGUGCCGCUGGCCGCCGUGCGCCGCCUUCUGCUGCUCACCUACUUCCCCAGCGGGUUCUGGUCGCGCCUGCUGACCCGGCUGCUGGCCGACGACGUCAUUGUGGACGUCAUCAGGGCCUACUUUCUGGUGCCCAGACAGGUGCAGCAGGACGCCGUGCUAUCGUCUGUCCUCUCCGGUCCGGCCGAGUGGCGCUGCUGGCAGACGGGCAUCGAGCUGAAGUACGCCGACACGACGCUGAUCAGAAUACGGGAGCUGCUCGGAUACCUGCGCUACUCACCAGACUACAGGAAAUUCAGGCUGCUGGCGCUGCAGGAGGAGCAGUGGCAGGACGUGCUGACCUCCAGCGCCGCCAUCCUGGAGGUGACGCUGCCCAACGAGACCAUCAUGAUCCGCCGCUCGCUGCCGGACGACGCUGACGACCCGGCCGCCUUCGGUAUUCAGUCGGCAGUGCUGGAGCCCAACCCGGAGUGUGCCUCCAAGCUGCUGGCGGUUGCCGUGGACCACAUCGACACCCUGCUGGAGGACUGGUACCCCACACUAGGGACCCGGUUCGUGCACACCUCCGAGGGCCGACUGCUGGUGACCCGCCUGCUGCCCUGCCCGGCCUGUCUGCCCGCCGGCGGCGACCAGGACGACGGCCUGGAGCCGCCGCCGGCGCCGCCCUCCCCGCCGCCGCCGCCGCUUCCCGCCGACCAGGACGACUGGCUGCCGGAGGUGGUGCGUCAGCGGCCGGCCGCCGACCCUGCCGAACACUCGGACGGUGACAGCGGCGUCGGUCCGGACAGUACGCCCUCCAGCCGGAACCCGUCGGCCCAGGGCUGUCCGGAGGCCGGCGCGCCGCCGCCGCCGCCGCCGCCGGCCGAGCCGCCGCCGCCCCCACCCACCGUGUACGCCUUCCUGGUGGAGGAGUGUAUCCUGGCCAGCUACAGCAGCCGGCACGUGGAGUGUCCCAGUCACGGGCCGCUGCUGCUGGCACAGGUGGCGCCCGACACGGUGUUUCUGGACGUGGGUGAGCGGCGUCUGAUCCGCCCAGAGAGCGUCCAGCGCGGACCUAUGCUGGGCCGCGGCGCCUUCGGCUUCGUGUUCCGAGCCUCCUACCGGGGACGCCACGACGGCAGGUAUAUGGACGUUGCGAUGAAGAUGCUGCAGCCCAGCGAUCCAGGAGAGGAUGCGCGAUCGUCAGCAGUGGCUGCCUACAAGGCUGCCCAGAGUAAGUGGGAGCGCGACCCGCUGCAGUACGCCUGCAAGGCCUACUGCACGGCCCGGCAGGAGCUCAACAUCCUGGUGACACUGCGACAUCCCUACAUCGUGCCGCUGGUGGGUCUGUGCACCAGUCCGCUCUCGCUGGUGCUGGAGCUGGCUCCGAUGGGCGCUCUGGACACCACUCUGGCGCACUACCGGCGUUCGGGCGCCCGGCUGCCGCCAUCGGCCAUACAGGGCGUCCUGCUGCAGGUGGCCAAGGCACUGGAGUACCUGCACCAGCAGCACAUCAUCUACCGCGACCUCAAAUCUGAGAACGUGCUGGUCUGGUCGCUGCCGUCACCGUUCCAGCGGCAGCACGUGCCCGUCGAGGUCAAACUGGCCGACUAUGGGAUCAGCCGGUCCACCCUGCCUGCCGGCACCAAAGGCUUCGCCGGCACCGAGGGCUUCAUGGCGCCGGAGAUCAUGCGCUACAACGGGGAGGAGGAGUACACGGAAAAGGUGGACUGUUUUUCGUUCGGGAUGUUCCUGUACGAGCUGAUCUCGCUGCACCCGCCGUUCGAGGGCUACGAGUCGGUCAAGGAGCACAUCCUGGAGGGACGCCGGCCGCCGCUCACCAUCAAGGAGGCCAGCACGGCCACCUACCUGCUGGACGUGAUGGUGCUGUGCUGGGACCAGCAGCCGCGCUCGCGGCCCUCGGCCAGCCAGCUGGUGAGCACGGCGGCGGCGCCGGAGUUGACUCAGCUGCGGGACGUGGUACCGCUGGAGCAGCCGCUGGCGGCGCUCACCGCCUCGGCGCUCACUGUCACAGGCGGCGCGGAGCACCAGGUGUGGGUGGCUCGCAGCGGCUGCCUGCUGGACGUGCUCUCCUGUCGGCAGCAGCAGGCUGUCGACUGCCACAGUCUGCUGCUGCCCCAGCCGGCCACUGCCACCGCCGUGGUGGGCGAGAGUGUCUGGGUCGGGGACAGCCGCGGACAAAUCAGGGGAUACUGUCCCACCACGUUCGAGGAGGUGUUUCAGUACACGCUGGAGCCGGACAGCGGAGAGCCGGCCGCCGUGCGGGACAUCUGUCCGCUGACUCCCAUCGACAGGGUGGCCGUCUCGCUGGCCAACGGUCGGCUGUUCAUCACCAGGUCGGACGUGCUGCCCAACAGCCCCACCCGCGGCGAGGGCAGUUUCGUGAUGACGGAGCUGGGCACCCUCGGCGGCCGGCUGCACUGCGUCCGGGCCGUCUUCUCUGCCGACAACAGGCGCUGUGAGAUCUGGUGCGGCCAGAGCGGCGGCGCAGUCUCUGUGUUCACGCUGGAGGACCAGGUGGUGGUGUCUCAGGAGGCCAUCAACCACUACGAGCCGCCCAUACCCAACAUCGACGUGCUGCGCCUGCUGUCGCCCGCCGAGUCACAGGUGUCGGCCGGCCUGGAGCAGAGCAUGUGGACCUACAUCCACCCUGGCUGCGUGGUCUACCACUGGGACGUCACCACGCACACGAUCGCCAACAAGCUCGACUGCUCCAAACUGGUGCCGGUCUCGGAGUCAAUGCGCUCCAUCAGUAUCGACGAACACCUCAGUCCGGCAAAAUGCCAGGUGACCGCGCUGUCCGUGCUCGGCUCGGAGCUGUACCUGGGCACCGCCUGGGGCUGCGUGGUGGUGGCCGCCGCCGCCACCAUGCUCCCCAUCACCGUGUUCCGGCCGCACGAGGAGGAGGUGCGCGCCAUCGUCCCGCUGCUACCGCCGCCGCCCGCCCUCCCCACCGCCGCCUCCACCCCCACGGCCGGGGCGGACGGAGACUCAGAGGCCGACUCGGACUGUGAGACGGCCGGCAGGGGACUGGUCACCGUGGGCAGGGGCUACCGCUCGCUGGUCAGCCGGUUCUGCCCGGCCGCCGGCGCCGCGCCCUACGAACUGUCGGCGCGCAGGUCGGUGUACACGCUGCUGUGGCAGCCCCACUGCUGGGUGGUGGACUAGUGGGGAGAUGCAGCAACAGUCAUCUGCGGUGCGUUCAUUAGUGGAUCGUGGACUACUUAGGCGCUGAUAUGGCCGUGAAGCUAGCAGCAGUCUCGGCACUGCUGAACUGUGAGUCAGGCGGCGCUGGACGGGGCCGAUUAACCGGGUCCGGUCGCCCAGUGGCUCCUCAGGGGAGAUAGAAAUGUCGGCGGCUGCAACCAUUCUGUGAUAUGGACCCUGCCGGCCGCGGUGCGGAGAUUCAGUGUACAGAUGUUGUUCUGAUGCCUAGUGUAUAUAGGUGGAAUGACUGAUAGCCGAGGGAAAUUUUAAGACCAAUUUAAACUCAGUCGAUCAGUCAGUCUUGGACAGCUGUAGGACUGAUCGAUUUUUUCCAGAAGUGCUGCAUUAAAACCGUAGAGUGCACUUGUUGGCGUCGCUCGAGGUACCGCAUGCGUACCGAACGUACCAGGUACCCCGGUACUGGAAGCACGGUGAGCCAGACGCCACGCGGAAAGAUCCGAUGGGGUUGUGUCGCAGAUACCAAAGAGACACUAGUCACUACACAUGUGACGCAGUGAGGUUAUAGAGGGAAGCGUUCGACAGAGAGCGGUUUUAUCGCCCGGUCCGCAGUGUUUCAACUGCCCAGGGUAAAGUCGGUAACAGAUUUUCGGACGAUUUGAUAGCGUUGGUCAAAUGUUUUUGGUCGGUUUUGAUAGCGCUUGUCGGAUGUUUUCAGUUGAAUUUGAUGUGAACGGCUAGUGACUGUUCGGCGUCUGAUAUUAACUUUGUGAUAUUAAGUGUUGUCAUCACAUGGACUUGAAUGGAAUAGUUUCAGCACAUCUCACCGAUACAAUAAGUAUUAUAUUGUUGUGUGUGAUAGUAGUUGUGUUAUGUGCCGUAAGUUAUUUGGCUAGGUUUUGUAUCUGGUAAAACUGCACGGUGUUUUUUAUUUGAACAGUAUGGGCUAUUGUAACUGCAUAUUGCAGGUUUUCAUGUCAACUAUUAAACAGUGCUAUCGGCUCUCUUCAACACUGUAUUGAUAGUCACCGAUUUUAGCGAACAUUUAUCCUUGGUUUGAUGUUGAAUGUAUAGUUGUUUCAUUAUUUCUCAUUCGAAGGACAUCCGCUCACUAAGACAAGUGUCGCUCCAAUUCACGGUCGCACGGUUUUGUUGAAUGUCGCUGUGUUGAACUAGCUCUGAUUCCUUUCACUGACUGUUUGACUCUGUUGAGUGGUCUGAAUGGGCUUCUACCGUUUCCUCUCUCUCUCUGCACUGCGUCAUAUGUAAUAAACACCGCACUUCUCAGAGCCGCGGAGAACACCACUGAGUCUCUUUGUGGCACGUCUGAGUGUUUCGAAAGGAGUUUUGAACAACCCUUGUAACGAACGAAAGACAAACUAGACUAGAAAGCUACAGAAAUACACGGCGAAACGUGAGA